AUGGGGAAUUCACAAGGGAGACAGGUGGCCUCCUCCGAUGAGGGUGCGUACAACAUCUUGGAUUUUGGACCCAACCUGAACCUGAACCAGUUCCGACUCCUUCGGGUGGUCGGAAAGGGUGCUUUUGGCAAAGUCCGUAUCGUCGAGAAGAAGGAUACCGGCCUAACAUUUGCCUUGAAAUAUAUCCGUAAAGAAGAGAUGGUUCGCUCUGAAAGUGUACGCAACAUCAUUCGUGAACGUCGGAUGCUUGAGCACCUCAACCAUGCCUUCCUUUGCAAUUUGCGAUACAGUUUCCAAGAUAUUGAAUAUAUUUAUAUCGUGGUGGAUUUGAUGAAUGGCGGUGACUUACGCUUCCAUAUCUCCCGGAAGUGCUUUACAGAAGAAGCAGUAAGGUUCUGGCUGGCUGAACUUGGCUGUGCGUUGAGAUACAUCCACUCGCAAGGUAUUAUCCAUCGCGACGUCAAGCCAGACAACGUGCUAUUAGACUCAGAGGGUCACGUUCAUUUGGCCGAUUUUAAUGUGGCUUCAGAUUUCCGACCUGGCAAGCCUCUCACGAGUAAGUCUGGAACGCUGGCUUAUCUAGCUCCCGAGGUGUACGAGGGAGGAGGUUACUACUGCGAAGUCGACUGGUGGUCACUGGGUGUUACUUUUUACGAGUGUAUAUAUAACAAGCGACCGUUUGACGGUCGGAGCCAGGACGUCCUCAGCGAAAACAUCCGAAAAGCGCAACCAAAAUACUUUGUCACGAACCCCGCUGUUUCUGUUCCCUGUUUGCGGGCUAUGGCAGCACUCAUGGAAAGGGACCGGAGUAGACGAAUCGGCGCCAUCAGCUUUGAGAGUUUCACCGAUCAUGAAUUCUUCGCAGAGAUCGACUUUGUGGCACUGGAGCGGAAAGAAGUGCCACCCGUUUUCCGCCCCUCUAGCGACAAGACCAACUUUGACGCAACCUACGAUUUGGAGGAGCUUCUGCUGGAAGAAGCGCCGCUCGAAGCCAGAGCCCGUAGGCAAAAGCCGAGGGCGGAGUUGCGGGAGGAUGCGACAGCAAAGGAGAUCCGGGAGGACGAGCUUCACCGCCUGAUUGAAACCUUGUUCGAGCCGUUUGACUAUACGAUCGUCAAUUAUAGAGGGAAUGCUGCGGAAGCAAUUGCGGCCUCAAAAAACCCAGAAGACUGUCUCCCUCUUACGGUGAAUUCGACACAUUCACGACACUAUUCCCAGCCGGACUCUGCGCGAGACUCGCCUGUGCGUACCGAUCCUUCGGUUUCUCACCUGCCCCAGCCGGACAACCAACCCUCUAUCGGUGAAGCCUUAGAACCUCAACACUCUGGAACAACCCAACCACCGGCGCCCACAUCGCAACCGCCUCCCCCCCCCCCUCCUGCUCCUAAUUUCCAUCGUCCUUUCGUUGCCCCACCGCCUAUUCGCCCACGACCAACGGCACGCAAGGCAAGCAAAGGUGGCGGUGUACAGAUGGUAUUGGAAGAGGCGGGAAGCUGGAGCGAGCUCGCAGAUCAAAGCUCGACUAUUCCUGCGGAAGGUUUCGAUGCCGUGAGCAAAGGAAAGCCUCAAAAUAGCGGCAUGCUUGCGUUUUUGAGUCGCAAGAAGGGACGUGACAGGAGCCCCAAACCCCAGGAACCUGGUGUGCUUGGAAAAGAGGGUGCCCGACAAAUUAUCAGCUGA